UAAGACAAAUUUUUAAAGAUAAACCGAUGAAACCAAAUAUAAAAAUGGAUAAAGAAGUACACCGCAAUAAUCCAAAGAAAAAAGGUAUCCCUCAGAAAUGCGAUGUAAACAAAAUGUUUUGGUCGCGUCCAAGGUUCGGCCUCGACUCGUUAUCACAGACGCUGAAACUCGAAUAAACGGCGGAAUAAAGCAGGACAGACUCGCCAGAGAUGAAUAGCAAGCAAUAACGGUGAGGUAACAGCAGACAAGGCGAGCGAGAAGAAGGAAGAUGACAGCCUCCGCGAGUGCAAACACGGAGGAGGCGAUGGAGGCGAGUGAGCAGGGGGAAGAGCCCGAGCUGUUCGUGAUGGAGUCGCUUCAGCCGAUGCUGUUUUCCAUCCGCGUCUGCCCCUCCAAGGCCGCCCUGCAGAGGAUCAUUGAGGAUCACGGAGGAGAGUUGACGUCGAAGGUGGGAGGGCCACACACUUUACGCCUGUUGCCCACAGGAGAGAAAAGCUUCUCCGUGAGCAGUGACGUGUUCAGUGCCCAGUAUGUAUACGACUGCGUUAAGGAAAAAAGACUUCUGGAUCCAAGCAAAUACAGGGUAAAUAAGAAGUCAUGCUACACCGCUGACGUCAAAGUCCUGGACAUCAUCCGGGGCGUGCGUUCGUGGGCUGACUGUGUGCGUGUGGAGGUUGAUUGUGCAGAGGAAGUGAGUGAUUUCAGCGACGAUGAAAACUUCAAUGUCUUGAUGCAGAACAAGACAUGGAAAACAGGCAGACGCCCAUACAGCCGCAUAGAGCAGAAAUCUAUCCUAGACUUCAUCAUCAAAAACAAACGUUAUGGAGAUGUCAAGGGCAAUGUCCUGUGGAAGGAUAUUGAGAGAAGAAAGGUGUGUCCCCUGAGAUCAUGGGAGUCGAUGAAAGAACAUUAUCGUAAAGUCAUAAUAACCGACCUCGGUCCCUACCAGCUUUCGAAGAAAAUAGAAACAAAGCUCUACAAAGGAUAUACUGAUGGUAAAAAUCAUGAAGAAAGUUCAGAUGACAAUGGCCGUUCUGAAGAGGAAGCAGAAGAGAAAGAUGACAGCAAAAAAGAAAAAAGAGAAGAGGAAAGUGCAAGCAGAAGCAGUGACCAGGAGAAUCCCAAUACGAAUCUGAUUUUACCACAGUUAAGAAACGAGCAGAGCGAAGAGGCUGGCACACACAAGGAGGUGUUGAGUGACCCAGAAGAAGCACAGGUAGAAGAUGAGCAGUCAGAAUUAAAAUUGCAGGAGUCAGACAUAGAAGAUGAGGAAGAACCAGAAGGUGAAGGUCAAGAGAAGGCAGGAAAAGAAAGGGUAAAAAAAGGAGUGGAGGACAAUGUGUAUGCAGAGGUGGAACGUCAGGUAGCCUCAUUCGACGCUGGAGGUGCAAACAGCACACAGUCAUUUGAAAUUGUUCUAGCAGAUGGUGAGUUUGAGAACCCCCCAAAGCGAACAUCUAGCUAUCUAAAAGAACUCGCCGAAGACUGGGAAGAAUCUCGAGGAUCAUUUCCUGACAAGUCUCAAAAAGAGAAAGAGACUGAAGCACCAUGUACUGAAAACAAGCAGGAAGGAGGCGGAAGUGAAAGUGCACUCAAUCGAAAUUUGCAGAAGAACACACAUGAUGAAUGUAAGACAGUGGAGGGGGAAAGAAUAUUUACUAAAGUUCUUUCUUCCUGUAAUCAUGAUGGACAGACUCAUCAGAUAGUUGUUAAUGCAGAAGUCCAAAGCUCUGAAAGUACAAGUAACCUGGUUGGAACCAAAAAGAAUAGUGACAUGUUCACAGAGCAAGAGGCCGAGGAAAUAGCAAACUUUCUUGUAGAGAUGUCAAGCUCAGAUGCAUGGGAGGAGCAAGCCAGUACAAAUUUGAAACAUAAUAAAUGUGGAGAUGCUUUGGAGUUGAAUCAGUUACCAAAAGAUAGUUUACCCAAGAAUUCUAAAGAAAAUGCUAAAACUCACAAUGCAGGAGGAGAUUCAGGUCGAGAGAAUAAUGGUGAGAGAACUUCCAGUCAUUAUGAUAAUGUGGAACUGGCUGACUCAUCAGCAGAAGAUGCAGUAUUUCAGACUUGCCCCUCAACAAUUGAUUCCCAUACAUAUCAAGAUGCUGGGAAGGAUAAAUGUCUGGUUGAUAAGCCCCAUAACGUAGUUGAGGGUAAGGAGAUAACAAAGGUUUUGCUUAGUCCAUUUCUAGCUGAAACGGAGAGCUCUGGUGAAGAAAGUGACCGUUCUACAAUCCUUUUCUCAGAAGGGGAGGCAUAUAGGAGAAAGUCUGUUAGUGAGGAAGAACCAGUCAAGAAAAACAAGAUCAGUGGAAGCAAAGGAGACAGAAGCAGCUCUGCCUCAGAAAACAAAAAGAAAAGCAAGAAAGGUCAGUUGCAAGACAAGCAGUCAAGUAGUUCCGGUACCAGUCCUGCUAGCAAGGAUGUCUCUCAGGAAAAAACAAGGACGAAAAAGGCUCGAAAGAGAAGGCCACUUUUAGAUGAGAGCACUUCCUCUGACAGUGAAGUCCUGAUCACCAGGAACAGGAAGGUCGACAUGGGGCAGAUACUCUCAUGUCCUACAAAAGGUCAGAAGACUCACCCUAUAUGUGGAAAAGAGGAAACGGAAGAGGGGAAUACAUCACCACGCACCCCGGACAGACUGCGGCAAAAGGGGAGAAGAGUCACAGGAGAAAACUCAAGUUCUGAGAGCACAUCUCCUGCAUCUUUGCCAAGGGUCAAGCAUCAGUCUCGAAAGACAAAGGACACUAACCAUGAUGUUGGUGGUGAAGCAGUGAGAAAGGUGAAGAAGGGGGGGAAAAAAGCUGCUUCAGAAGAGAACAUUUCAGACAGCGACAGUGAGGGUGAUAAUAUCCUCGUAUCAGAAGAAGAAAGCAACGGUAGCCUUAGUGGAACUCCAUUGUCGGACCCUUACUUUGGCAUUGACACCCACACUGGCUGCUUUGAUCGAUCCUUUCACCCAAGUCAAGGAGUUGCACAGGCCAUAAGCUCUAAAAGAAGGAAGUUUAACGUUACGAAGGGUAAUGGAGUCAAAAUGCCAUACACACAUGAGGAGGAUGUCAAGAUCCUGAUUUACAUUGAUGACUACCACGCGCACAACCAGGUGGGAGGACGCGAGCUCUGGCAGAAGAUGGAGAGGAAAGGCAUCCUGCUCAACCGUAGUUGGCAUAGCCUAAAGGAGAGGUACAGGAAAAGGAUCGUGCCUAAUCUCCACAUAUACCAGCGCUUCGGUCUCUCGAAGACUAUGCUUCAACGGUUCAAAAGCAAGAAAUAUGUGCAGUCAGCAGAAGAGUCACCAAGAGCUAAAGCAAGUGAAAUAUAUAGGCAGCCAUACUCACACGAGGAAGAUCUAUGCAUAUUGAAUUUCAUCAUCAAAAACAAGAGACAUUCAGAGGUUGGAGGUAAGAGCCUGUGGACCCUGAUGGCAUCGUGUGAGCCGGGGUUGAAAGGCCGGACGUGGCUCAGCCUCAAGGAGCGGUACCGCAUGAGCAUCGUCAAGCACCUUCGCGCCUUCAACCUCUCGGACAAUGAGAUCCUCAAGUUCAAAAAGAAUGGGAAUCGCUCCAAGAAUCAAAGGCUCACUCACAAGCAUCCACCAAAGGCCUCGGUAUACAAGUUUGCCAAGGUCAGAUUGAGCAGUCAGGCCAAGAGGCGCAGUGAGACAAGUAGUGUAUCCGAGUUAGAGGACCCUAGAGUACAAGAGGAGGAGGAGACUAGGGGGAGGAAUGAGAGCAGAACAAAAGGAAAUGUUAGCAGUAAGGUUAGAGGAAGAAUGGGUGGAGAGGAGCGAGCAAGCACCACUAGUGGACUUGAGGAAGAGGACAAUAAUGACAGCGUUGGCUCCAAACUGCCACAACAAAGGGGUUUGCUUGGGAGAGUGACUGAGGAGAAGGAGAGGGCCUACUCGCCUGAAAUCCCCUUCUUAGAUGGAAGUGUUUUUGAGAGGAAACGGAAACUGUAUACCGAACCAGAGGGGAACAAAGUGUUGACUCCACAGGUUGUGAGUAAGGAGGAGGGUGAGGAGAGGUUGGCUGAAGGAAAAAAGGUGAAGAGGAGGAAAUUAAAUGUGUCUUUUAGUGAACAGGAAAUAGGAGGAGGAGGACUAGAAGGAAGGAGAGGAAGUAAGCAGGAAAGGGAAGUGAGUACAGACACACAUGUAGAGGAUAGUGUAGAAGGUCAUUUAGAGUUGGCUGAUGAUGUAGAGGACAGUGUGGAAGGUCAUUUAGAGUCGGAUGAUGAUGUAGAGGGCGGUGUGGAAGGUCACGUAGAGUCAGAUGAACUACCCUUGCUGAUCUACAGGGAUGAAGAAGUGGAGAGCGACGUGGAAAUCACUGCUAAGAUGACUGAAGACCAGGAGACAGUGAAAGAGAAAGUAAAUGGUAGUAUAGAAAUAACAGACAAAGAUAACAUGGAUAUCAAUUCAGCGAGUGAAAGAACAAUGGCACAUCCAACAGAAGUGAAUUCCAAAGAGGCAAGUGAUUCAGUCAGUCCAGAAAAUGAUAAGGAGAACAUAUCAAGAACACCCAUUGUUUUCAUCCCAGAAAAUACACAAAGACUGUCCCCAAGGAAGAGGAACAGUAUGAAGUUCACCCAGAAGCCAUCCAGCGCCACAUCUCAGAGUGAGAGCAGUGCGCCAAACAUCACAGAUGACACUGAACCUGACAAAGUGGAGAAGCUAGGUAAUAAAAAAAGAAAGAAGGAACGUAAUUCUCUGCCUGCCACAGUCAGCUCCCCUGACAAGAGGGUGACACGACGUUCCCUGGAGUUGGAGAAAACCCUUCCGAAACAGAAGUUAAGGAUUCGUCCAUUACACAAGAACAAGUGAAAAUUUUGUAUAGUUUAGUGGGUUUUUUUUUUUUUUUUUUUUUUUGUUUAAAAGGCUUGAGGCUUUGGUUUUAAAAGUUGGAUGAAUAUAGUACAUAGUAUAAUUUUAUGUUUGAGAUGUAAAGAAAAGGAAAGAAAAUUUUUAUGGAAUGUGAAUGAUUGAGGAUGAACAGAUUUUUGGUUCUUUUUAUAUUCUAUUGCUCUUGAUAGGAUUUGUAGUCACUAGAUUUAGAAUAGUUUUUUAAGGCUCUACGAUCAAGAAUUCUUGUAUCUAGGUUGAACAGACGUUUGUAGUUGGUUAUAAAUAUCAUAUAUAUAUUUUCUUAUCAGAGUUUUCUUUCUGACAUGCAAGAAAACUGCUUAUAUAAGAAAAAUUUAAUACCCCAAUUUUUUUUUUUUUUUUUUUUUUUUUUAUGUGCAUACAUUCUGCAGUGUAUGGUGUAUUUUCACAGUGGAUGUUUAAAAUAACACAAAAAAUUAUCUCAUGCAGAUCUUGGUUCUUUUGUAAAGGUUUAGGUAAUAUUCCUUUAGAUAUAUAUAUUCUAGGGGAUGAUUUACAGAGCUGGGGAAUACUGCAGGUACUUUUAGACUUUAAAAUUGUCCACUGAUUUUAACCCAUUAAUGAUGGGUAAUUAUUAUUAUUUUUCUUCUUCUUUUUUUUCUUUUCUUUUUCUUUUUUCUGCAAAUUCAGGUAAGAAUGAUAAGCACACAUUAUUGGGUGGUUAUUUGGCUCUUGAGAAGAGUUUGUGAGACCUCAACCUCCUGUGAUUGUUUGCCAUGUUGUGAUGGCACGUCACCUGUCACCAUUUACUUAGAUUUAUAUGCCAAAAAGCAGCAGUUGUUGUGCCCUCAUAAUGCUAAUGGUACUGGUCCCAGAAAAUCAAUGGGAAGCUGCAUAACAAGAAGGAAUUACCCAUAAGAAAUUACUUUUCUGUUUAUCCAUAUCUGCUGCUGAUUUCUUGAGUAGUUACUACUGUUAGUUAUUUGAGCUUUUCCUAGAAAUUACAUAAUUCAGUCCUAUUAGCUAUAUAAAUUUAAUAGUGUUGGAUACAGUCUAUGUGUAAAAGUUUGGAUAUUACUUCUCGUCUCUUUUUUUUAUUUUUUUGUAAUUGGUGUAUAAUAUAAAUUCCUCUGCGCUGUCUUCCUCUGUUCUUCAGCAACUCUUACACUUUUUUUUUUUUUUUUUUUUUUUUUUUUUUUUUUGGAUAUUUUCAUUAGGGAUUACAAGAUUUGCAAUUUUGAGGAUGGUGUAAAUCAUUGAUAUUUAUUACUAUAGAAAUGGAGGGAAGAAUCAUAUAUACUAUCCUGUUUGUUUGUAGAAGAGACAGUUUCUUGCUGUUGCUUACAAAGUAAAUAUUGUAUCUAUUGUGUUAAAAUUAGCACUCUAUUUUGGGGUUGAUCUCAACAGUACAAAAUAUACGAAACGUAAUUAUACGGAACAUGUGAUAUUAAGGGAAAAAGUGAACACGUACCUUUCCAUGUGCUGUGAAGCCCCAAAAAUUCUACUUUCUACUUUCUAAUUCUACAUUAAUUUUCCUCACUAAGUUGUUGACUAUGUUUAUUACAGAAAUGUCAUUUUAGAUGUAAAGCCAGAUUCUUGUACUUUGUAUUGCUGUUGAUAUUACUCAAGACUCCAAAAGCUUAUCUGAUUAUCCCAUUCAAGAAUAAAUAAUGAAAAAAAAAAAAAAGUGCCAUUAAAUGUUUUUUUUCAAAAAAGUAUAAGUAUUUGGAAAAAAACAUUCUCUAGGAAAUUUUCUACAGCCAUGAAAUGCAGUGAAUCAGGAUAUGUUAGCGUUUCACACAUGGUGGCAAAUUUAUGUUGUUUAGGGAUUACCUUAACCCCUCUCUGCUGGGUAACAGAAAUCCCCGAGUGUGAUAAAACUCUGGGGAUUUCUGGCAACGGCCAGAUCCUGGCCAUGGGAGUCUGCUACAUCAAGCCUGUCUUGCUCCAUGCACUCUGGCGCAUUGCAGAGUGUACAGGAUUACCCCUCUGACCAAGCGGUUUGUUAUGGUACAUGUGACCCAGCAGUGAUGGGUUAAAGGGCAUAUUUUAGAAAGUGGAUUUUAACUGUUAAAAGCAGCAGAAUAUGUUAUAUUUGUGACCAAUGUUUCUCAAUUUCAUUUGCUUCUUUUAAUGUGGUUUGUGUGGUAGCACAUAUGAUUAUGUGAAAUUGAGAUCUACUGUAAGAAAAAUUUGUUUUUAAUAUAUGGGGCAUGUCUGCAGACAUGUGGUUGACUGAC